AUGAAAAAAACUUUGUACUUAGAUAUAGAUGAUGAACAAAAAUGUCGUAUUUCUAUACAUCAGCCAAGGCAACAAACUCUACCAGUUUCUCAAGAAAUAAUAGAUAAAUAUGAAGUGGAGAUAAAUGAUAUAGAUGAGCUUUGUUCCAAGUUCUAUAAUAUGUGGAAGAAAUAUUGUAACAAAGUCAUUUAUUUGAAUAAUGAGAGGCAUUUGUUUGAAGCUAUCCAAGCAAUUGCAUAUGCAUU